AUGCAGACGACCAAUCCCGGCCUGCUCUUCCAAACCUCUCAACAACUGACAGAUGCGUCCGACCGUGAGCACAAGCUUGAGGCCACUCAGAACAUCGGAAGUCCUAUCAAGCUCAGCAGCAAGAUCUUGGACUUGAUCAUCUCCGAUGACGACGCCUGGACUGCCGAGUCUGGUUGGCAAGCUCGUUGUGUAGACCUCUCCUCGGGAAAGACGAAGAGGCUCUUCAAGGGUCACAAAGGACCAGUCACCUCUGUUUGCCUGCACACGGUCAAAGCUACCGAUGGCGCUCCUUGGCCGGUGCUCUUGACCGCGUCCUGGGACAAGACAGUGCGGGUCUGGGAUGCAAAGAUCAUCAAGGACCACACCCGACCAGUGGAAACUGCUGCCUUUCGCGUUCCCGAAGAGCUGGCUUCUCCUUUAACAGUGUGGACGGCCGACUCAAUGGGUGUCAUCAAGGAGUGGACGAUUCCUCAGAUUGUUGUCGGGCUGCAAGCGCCCUUGACUUUCGUUAGCAACUUGCCGGGGCAUGAAACAAGCGUAGCGCAAUUGGCAGCUGUUGAUGACGGGCUGUGGAGCGCGUCUAUGGACUACAACGCUAUGUUCCACGGCGUCCCCUCGGCAACACUUGCUCAUCCUCGAUACGUCAAGGCCAUCCUUCCUCACCCGAACGGCAUGCCGUACAUUCUGACUGGUUCGGAGGAUGAACACAUUCGGGUUUGGGACUCAUCUAAUCUCGAGCGCACAAACAAGAUGCCGAUGUCUGUCGUUGUCGCUCAUUGCGGUGAAGUGACUGCUUUUGGUCUAUGGACGUGCAAGCAGGAAGGAAGGCUUUUGGAGGUCAAGGUCGUCUCGGCAAGCCUGGACGGGACACUGAGACGCUGGUCGAUGAAAGAGUUGCUGAACCCUCCUGAGCUUGAUUUGAAGCCGCCAACAACGGAGACGAUGAUGACAGAGGAAGAGGAGCGGGAGCUGGCUGAGCUCAUGUCGGACGAGGACUAG